GUCCUCCCCAGGCUCUGUCGCUAGCGUAGCCACGGAGCCCAGGGCCGCCGCCAUCUUCCCCAUCUCGCUGCCCGGCCCCCUCUGACCCGGAAGCAGAUCCCCGCGCUCUGGCGGCGGCAGGUUUUUCCGGGGUCGCGACCUCAGGUCGCCGAGGUCCCUCAAGCUGAAGAUGGCGGCGUCGGCAGCGAGGGCCGCUAUGGCCCUGCGGGCCAGUAGCAGUCGGCCCGUGGCCUUUGUCAGGAAAAUCCCCUGGACCGCCUCUUCAAGUGAGCUGAGAGAACACUUUGCACAGUUUGGCCAUAUACGAAAGUGCACUGUACCUUUUGACAAAGAGACUGGCUUUCACAGAGGUAUGGGUUGGAUUCACUUUUCUUCAGAAGAAGAACUUCAGAAUGCACUACAACAUGACAAUCAUGUUAUUGAUGGAGUAAAACUCCAUGUUCAAGCUCAGAGACCAAAAGUUUUGCAAGGGGAUCAAACAUCUGAUGAAGAGAAAGAUUUUUAAGACUAUUACUAUUACAUAAAAGAACAAAACAAAA